GACAAGGUAGAAGACAACAGACAAGUGGAUAGUUUUUUUAGUUUUCUCUCUCCUCUGGACCGAGGGGAGCAGUGCGCGUCUGGAGCCAGGCGAGCAGAGUCGCAGCGCGCACGGUGCUGCGUCCCGACCCGGACUCGAGCUUGGAGCCGCGCCGCCCUCCCCACUACCAGAUCUGGUGAGAGCGGAGGACGAUUCCCUGCUGAGGGAAUACUGAGGAAACACCAUGGCCUUAGCGGGAUGCCCUGACUACUUCCUACGUCACUCAAACUAUCGGGAAAGGAUGGAGCGCGCCUCCUCUCGCAGGCCAGACCAGCUGAUUGUUUCAGGCUUCCAGCACUCUGCCAAUCAAACUUUGCCACAUCAUCACGACGACGACGUGGAUCUGGAACAGCUGGUGAAUGACAUGAACUCCUCAAUGGACAGUGUGUACUCCACGCAGGCGGACACGGCGCUUCUCCUGAACAACGGCCACGCACACGCUCAUCACCACCACCACCACCACAACCACCACCACCAGCCGCAUCACAUGCACGCUGCGUCCCACCUGGCCGGCCACAGCCAGGCUCACCGCCGCCACACCCCACCCCUGCUGCCCUCCUCCCCCUCCAGAGAGAGGCUCAGACAGUCGCAGCCCAUGCACAUCCAGGCUGUCAGGUGCCUUCAGGAAGAGCAACAUCUGCGUCCAGCCUCCCUGCCAGCCAUCCCCAACCCCUUCCCGGAGCUCUGCAGCCCAGCGGGAUCCCCCAUCCUCAGCCCCAUCCCGACCUCUGACAACCACAUAGUCAAAGUGUGGAGCGAGGAUGGAGCCGGGAAAGUGGUGGAGAUUCCCGCCGACAUGACGGCCAGAGAUGUGUGCCAGCUGCUGGUCUACAAGAGCCACUGUCUGGACGACAACGCCUGGACGCUGGUGGAGCACCACCCCAUCCUCGGCCUUGAGAGGUGUCUGGAGGACCACGAGCUCGUGGUUCAAGUUCAGGCCUCCAUGAGCAGCGACAGUAAAUUCCUCUUCAGGAAGAACUAUGCCAAAUAUGAAUUCUUCAGGAACCCCCUGAACUUUUUUCCGGAGCAGAUGGUGGCGUGGUGUCAGGAGUCCGACGGCUCCAUCCCUCAGUCGCAGCUGCUGCAGAACUUCUUGAACUCCAGCAGCUGCCCGGAGAUCCAGGGCUACGUGCACGUGAAGGAGCCCGGACGCAAGUCCUGGAAGAAGCUCUACAUGUUCCUGCGGCGUUCAGGUCUCUAUUACUCCACGAAAGGAACCUCCAAGGAGCCCCGUCACCUGCAGCUGCUGUCAGAUCUGGAGGACAGCAACAUCUUCACCGUCAUCACGGGCAAAAAGCUUCACAACGCCCCCACGGACUACCAGUUCUGCAUCAAGCCCAGUAAAGCGAGGAGUGACUGUAAGGAGGUGAAGAUGCUGUGUGCCGAGGACGAGCAGAGCAGGACCUGCUGGAUGACGGCCUUCAGACUGCUCAAGUACGGGAUCGUCCUGUAUCAGAGCUACAACGGCCCCCAUCAGAGGAAGUCCAACCUCUCGCCUUUCUCUGCUCCCGUGAGGAGCGUCUCUGAGAACUCCCUGGUGGCCAUGGACUUCUCGGGCCGGACCGGCCGCGUCAUCGACAACCCGGUGGAGGCCCAGAGCGCCGCCCUGGAGGAGGGGCAGACCUGGAGGAAAAGAGGUCAGCGUAUGAAUGUCCUGGGGAGUCCCAGCCCUCUGCAUCCGUCCUCUCUGAACACAGUAAUCCACAGGACGCAAGUGUGGUUUCAUGGUCGCAUAAUGCGGGAGGAGGCCCACAAGAUGAUCAUGCAGCAAGGCCAAGUAGACGGACUAUUCCUGUUGCGGGACAGUCAGAGUAAUCCGAAGGCGUUUGUGCUCACCUUGUGCCAUCACCAGAAGAUCAAGCACUUCCAGAUCCUCCCGUGCGAGGAGGACGGCCAGGUCUUCUUCAGCCUCGACGACGGCGCCACCAAGUUCACCGACCUGAUCCACCUGGUGGAGUUCUACCAGCUCAACAGAGGCGUGCUGCCCUGCAAGCUCAAACACCCGUGCACCGCCGUGGCCUUGUGACACUCCACCCGCGCCGACAGCGCCCUCUUUUUUUGCACACCCCACCCCCUAAACUCCCGGUGCCGGGGCGGGGGGAGGAGGUCCGGCCGCCCCCCGGCCCCGCUCCUGACCCGUUUCCACGGAGACGGGAUGGCUCGACGCUACACGCUGCCCGUCUUUCAGACUCCACCCCUCAUCCCGUCACCCCCCCCCCCAUUCUCCAGGCCUGAUAAGCUGUGGUGCCUGCCCCCCUCCCUCCCUCCCUCCCCUCCCCUCCCCCCUCCUCGGCGGGCAGGGAGCGCCACCCUCUGACUUCCUCAUCGAUCAUCAGGGAUGGACGGGAACCUUUCUGGGUCCUAUCAAACUCGAUCCAGGAGUUUUCUCAACCUGUGCAGUCCAGUCUGGAUAAGCUGACACCCUGCCACCCCGCCCCACUCCCCCCCCCCCCCCCCCCCCCUCCAUCGCCGCCACCACACCCGCCCUUUCCGGUGUGACCCCCCCCCCCAUCCUGCCUGCACACAAGCUUAGAGAGACGCCGACGCGGCCGAAGGAAAGCGACGCGGUGGCCGAGAGGACGGAGGAAUGUGUUCCAGGAAGGCCGCCGCCGGCCUCUCUGGCAGAGUUUGAUUACUUGAUGUCAUUUUAAUGCUGUUUUAUUACUGUUGAUUCAAUGCAGAACUAGUUUUGCACUCGCGGGCGGAACAGACGACGGCUUUCCAGCUCAAGACGAAGCUGUCCUCCUCUUCCUCCCGAAUCCGAUGGGAUUAGAGCGGCGGUGGGCGCCCGAGGAGCCGCCGCUGCCGCCGCCGCCGGCCUUUCAGAAACGUCUCGGACCUUUUUGUGUAGCUCGCACGGACAAGAUGGCACUACGGAGGAAACGUGUUCCUGAACCAGCGUUGUGAAGAGUGCGAGGAAGAGGAGGAAGACUCCCCCCCCCCCCCCCCCCCAGCUUUUCACUCAGCAUAUUUUGUUGCAUCAGUGAAUUUUGUUCUUGAAUGUCUUUUUUUUUUUGUUGUUGUUUUAUCUGAGCUCGUCGCUUGCACACGUUUAAUCUUCCCGAUCGGUUGGAGCUGUCACGUUCGCAUCCUGACCACUUUUCCUUCAAACCAAGCAACAAAAGCACUCUCAUGACUUUGUUUUUUUUUUUCUUCUUCUUAAUUUUAUUUUAAAAUAUGGAAUUUGAACAAAAAUGACUUGAAAUGUGAACUCGGUCAACGGUCGAACGAGCUUCACUCGCCUUAAGUGAAAAGAAUCGUGAGCCUUGUGUAUGAAAUUGAAGCUAUGUUAAAAUGCACAUACAAGUUACACACUUGAGAUUUCUGGGCGGUUGGAUUAACAUCGGGGUUGAUUGUACAAAGAGUCCAUCUGAGGAUAAUCUGGGGUUAAUCUCAUCUGCUUUCUUGUCACAACAUCCAAACUCUUAAAACUACAUCACGGAUCUGGAUGGAAGCAAUCAUUUGUGCAGGUUCAGUUUCUGAUUCGCUAUUUGAUCUCGAGUUUUACUGUUUAAUCCCUCAUAAUCUGAACUCAAGACAGUGGUGUCCAUCUUCUCAUCCGACGCUCAGCAAGGAAGCAAAUUGUCUUUUUUUUCUCUCUCUCUCUCUCUCUCUCUCUCGCCACCCUGAGUCCAGUCAGAGGCUCGUCCCUCCUUUCUUCACCGCGGCCAGAUUAUUUUUAGGUGGAAGCAAAUCACUGCUGGAAAUGAUAAGUGGCUGUAGGUUUUAAGCCAUGGUGACGGACAUCGUGUGAGAGCGACGCUGCCUUAAAACGGGAUGCGUCCUCGGUUUCAGUCAGAUCUGGAGCGACACCACAGAGUCUGGUUCAGGAGUGGAAGCUGUAGCAGAGUUAGAACCGAUGAACCCCAAAAAGAUCACUUCUGCUUUCUCACGUGCAAACUAAAACCCAGGCGGAGGGAGAGCGAGUUUUCUUGAUUCUAUCCACAACGAGCCGCAGCCGCCACCAAUCCACAAAUCUCUCUGGCACGUUGGCACCACCGAUCAGGCCUUUCUCUCCAGGGAUCGGAUAAUGCUUGAACCCCCCCGACCUUCCUCCCACCUGUGUCCAGCCUGUAAUAAGCUAUGACCCCCAGUGGUGAACGUGUGUGUGCGUGCGUGCGUGCGUGUGUAUAUGCGUGUGUGCUUGUGGCCAGACUGUUAUUCGAUUUGGGUUUUUUUUCCCCCUCACUCUUCAGGAUGGUUAACUCUGCUGGUGUUUAUUCUGAAGGUUGGGCAGGACCGUGCGGCUGGAGGGCAUCCCAGCAUCCCCCCCCCUCCAUUUUUUUUAAUCACUGUGCUACAAUGCAAUCCUUUACACAUGUCCGACGAUAUGAGUAAUACCAGUAUCCUUUGUUUUCUGAGUAUGUGAAGCUGUGAGAAGAUGUAGAUCUAACACUGUACCUAGGUCACAGAUCACUAUGUAUGGGCUGUUAUGCUUUUGCUCAUAACUCCAUGUUAAAAACAAAAAAAAAUGAAGAAUGAUUUAUUUUUUUGUCCGUAUUUUCAUCAUUUGAUUGUGUGUAUGUUGACAUUACUGUGUAUUUUCUUUGGUUUGCCACAAAUUUAUAUAAAUAUAUAUCUAUAUUCCACAGUAUAUACAGUAUUAAAUUAAUUUUUUUUGAAGAGAUCAAACUGGAGUUUUGGCAAAUAGACAUGAGAACUUUUUAAAUUUUGAGAAAACAUACACAUACACACAGUGGGGGAUCUUAAUGGAUAGCACACACACUUCGCCCCGUGGGGAUAUUCUAGCAGCUUUACUGCACCUCUCAACACAAGCAGUGCAAUUAUCCACCGUAGCUCCAGAGGAUUGUGCGUUUGUUUUGGUUUUUUUAAAGGUGCAAAAACUUUGUGUUUCUUAACCGAGUCGAGGUGCCUCUCUCUCUAAACAAGGACGUCCGGUUUGGUGGCUUCACCCUGCGGGAUGAGUUCUAGUGUUUGGUUGAAGUCGUCAUAAGCUGAAGUCAAAUAAAACCUUUCAGGGAAAGAAA